AUGCAGAUUGAAUCCUCAUCUGCAGUCAUCCCAUGCGACGGCGUCAUGUCAGAAAUUACCCACAAGAAUCGUCUCACCUCACCUCUUCUCCGUUUACCAGCCGAGAUCCGCAACGCGAUUUACUAUCACGUUGGCACAUGUAGCACGAUCCUCGUCGACGUCUGGACAACAACAACAACAACAACAACAACAACAACAACAACACAACUCGCAUUCCAGCUCCCGGCUUUACUCGCAACGUGCAAACAAAUCCGACACGAAGCGACGACACUGCUGUGCAAGCUCAGCACCGUCGACACCGACGCGACUACGGCUUUUGGCUGGCUCCAUUCAGACUGCAAUCACGCGUUCUGCGCGCUCGUCACUUGUGUGAGGGUUCCGAGGGAGUUUGCUGUAUCUGUUGCAAGAGGCGCUCGGGCUCGCGCAUUCAGGUCGGAAGAUUUUGCCUACAGUACUGUCUCGCUUCCCAGCUUGGACAAGAUCGUCGUUAAAGGUAGAGCCAUGUCGAUGCGCGAUGGUAUAAGGGCGGCGCUGAGGAGAUGGGCCAGGAACAAGGCUCUGGAAGUUGUCUUUGAGGAAUAG